AUGGCGCCCGAGAAAAAACAUUUAAUGGACGCCUCUGGUGAUGCCACCGAAGAGGACAGAACUGCUACCGCAAUCCUUCGUCGUAAAAAGAAGGACAAUGCUUUGAUUGUCGACGAUGCUGAAAAUGAUGAUAAUUCCGUAAUUACCUUGUCUUCAAAUACUAUGGAAUUAUUACAACUUUUCCGUGGAGACACCGUGCUCGUUAAGGGUAAAAAGCGGAAAGAUACCGUGCUUAUUGUGUUGGCUGAUGACGAUAUGGCUGAUGGAGUUGCUCGGAUCAAUAGAUGUGUGAGAAACAACUUACGAGUAAGAUUGGGAGAUAUCAUUACUGUUCAUCCGUGUCCUGAUAUCAAGUACGCCAACCGGAUCUCGGUGUUACCCAUUUCUGAUACCGUGGAGGGAAUCACUGGAUCGUUGUUUGAUGUGUACUUGAAACCAUACUUUGUGGAGGCUUAUAGACCGGUAAGGAAGGGAGAUUUGUUCACCGUACGUGGUGGUAUGAGACAGGUGGAAUUCAAGGUGGUGGAAGUUGACCCUGAGGAAAUUGCCAUUGUGGCUCAAGAUACCAUUAUCCAUUGUGAGGGUGAACCAAUCAACCGUGAAGAUGAAGAGAACAACUUGAACGAUGUUGGUUACGACGACAUUGGUGGAUGUAAGAAGCAGAUGGCGCAAAUCAGAGAAUUGGUUGAGUUGCCUUUGCGUCAUCCUCAAUUGUUCAAGCUGAUUGGUAUCAAGCCACCUAAGGGUAUCUUGAUGUACGGUCCUCCUGGUACCGGUAAGACAGUGAUGGCGCGUGCCGUGGCCAACGAAACCGGUGCCUUCUUCUUCUUGAUCAACGGUCCGGAAAUCAUGUCGAAAAUGGCUGGAGAGUCAGAAUCUAAUUUGAGAAAGGCGUUUGAAGAAGCUGAAAAGAACGCUCCUUCGAUUAUUUUCAUCGAUGAAAUCGACUCAAUUGCUCCCAAGAGAGACAAGACCAAUGGUGAGGUCGAGAGAAGAGUGGUGUCACAGUUGUUGACAUUGAUGGAUGGUAUGAAAGCCCGUUCCAAUACUGUGGUCAUUGCUGCUACCAACAGACCCAACUCGAUCGAUCCCGCUUUGAGACGUUUCGGCCGUUUCGACAGAGAAGUUGACAUCGGAGUGCCCGACGCCGCUGGAAGAUUGGAGAUCUUGCGUAUCCAUACCAAGAAUAUGAAAUUGGCCGAUGACGUUGAUUUGGAAGCCAUUGCAUCGGAAACUCACGGUUUUGUGGGUGCUGAUAUUGCCUCUUUGUGUUCUGAGGCUGCUAUGCAACAGAUUAGAGAGAAGAUGGACUUGAUUGACUUGGAAGAAGAGACCAUCGAUGCCGAAGUGUUGGACUCCUUGGGAGUCACCAUGGAGAACUUUAGAUUUGCAUUGAGCAACUCCAACCCAUCUGCAUUGCGUGAGACUGUGGUCGAGAACGUUAAUGUCACUUGGGACGACAUCGGUGGAUUGGAUAACAUCAAGAACGAGUUGAAGGAGACGGUCGAGUACCCUGUUCUUCAUCCCGACCAAUACCAAAAAUUUGGCUUGGCACCUACCAAGGGUGUUUUGUUCUUUGGACCUCCCGGUACUGGUAAGACAUUGUUGGCUAAGGCGGUUGCUACAGAAGUGUCUGCCAAUUUCAUAUCGGUUAAAGGACCAGAAUUGUUGAGUAUGUGGUAUGGUGAGAGUGAAUCGAAUAUUCGUGACAUUUUCGACAAGGCCAGAGCCGCUGCUCCUACGGUGGUGUUUUUGGAUGAAUUGGAUUCUAUUGCCAAGGCUAGAGGCGGAUCCAAUGGUGACGCUGGAGGAGCAUCCGACCGAGUUGUCAACCAAUUGUUGACAGAAAUGGAUGGUAUGAACGCCAAGAAGAACGUGUUCGUUAUUGGUGCUACUAAUAGACCUGAUCAGAUCGAUCCUGCGUUACUCAGACCGGGAAGAUUGGAUCAAUUGAUCUACGUGCCAUUACCUGAUGAACCAGCACGGUUGUCUAUCUUGCAAGCUCAAUUGAGAAACACUCCAUUGGAGCCUGGAUUGGACUUGAAUCUGAUUGCCAAGGCAGCCCAUGGAUUUUCUGGUGCUGAUUUAUCCUACAUUGUGCAAAGAGCUGCCAAGUUUGCUAUUAAAGAUUCUAUCGAAGCCCAAAUACGCCUGGAAAAAUCCAAGGUGAAGACAGAAGGCGACGAUGUCGAGAUGUCCGAGGCCAAGCCCAAGACUGAGGGAGAAGCCGAAGAGGAAGAAGAAGAAGACCCCGUGCCCUACAUCACCAGAGCUCACUUUGAGGAAGCUAUGAAGACCGCCAAGAGGUCGGUUUCCGAUGCUGAAUUGCGUCGUUACGAAGCUUAUGCUCAACAGCUUCAGUCAUCACGCGGACAAUUCGCCAAUUUUAGAUUCUCAGAGAGUAAUGGUGCUCCAGCACCCGCUAAUGAAGGAGGAGCUGCAUUUGGUGCUGAAGAAGAGGAUGACUUGUAUAGCUAA